GAGAGAAUAUGUGAAGGAUGCAGUGAAGGCGGCAUUCGAGGAACUGAACGAAUUUAACCCAAGUGGUUAUUUUGUGUACUGUGGAAUUUUGAACAUGGGAGAAAAGCAGCAUUCAAGUAAAGGGAUUAUUGCUCACGAGACUCAUCAGCUCACUAAUCUUAAACGCAGACGAGCCUGA